CUUGGCAGGCGAAUUGCUGAGUCAGAGUCCAACAUGACUCAGCCUCACCCUCCUUUUUGCACGGGAAGCCAAAACCUGUUUUGAUAUUGAAAGAGAGCCUGCCGCUUCCAUCUCUCUUUCAGUUAAUACCCUCUUUGCCCAACUCCCAUAAGAGCAUCAACUCACUUUGGAAUAUACACAUUUGCAGUACUCUUUUCCUGUCUUCUUGAUCUAGAUUAGAUUUAUUCUUUCUUCUUUGUAGUAUCAGAACAGAAGUGGUUCUUCACUGAAAAGGAGGACAAUAAUAAUAAAAAAAACUACUCUUUUUGUUGUAGAAUCAUGAGAGCAAGAUUGGUGGUGUUUCCUGUUAAAGGAAGAAACUGGUGCUUUAGCAGAUCAAUAGACCCUUCCCUUGAAGAGGCAGCCGCUUCCCAUACUCCUUCCACUCUCAAACACCUUUGGAAAAAGAUCUCUUCUUCUUCCAACUCCAGUGCCAAAAAUGUGGAACUUGUUAUAGAUUAUGCUUCCAAUAAGAUGGAUAAAGCAUGGAUGGGUCUGGAGAAGGCUCCUGAGGGAACUUUCAAGAAUAAGCUUCAUGGGUUGGGAUUGAAGCUUUUGUCAAGGGUUAAGCCGUCUGAGAUUUUUUUGAAAUCUAUAUCCAAGGAGGUCUCUAGUGUUGAAAUUACCUACCCUUCCAGUUUAAAUGCACGCCUUGUGCGUCGAAGGCUGCGACACAUUGCCAUGAGGGGGGCUGCCAUCCACAAGAAAUAUUUCUAUGGUUCAGUUAUGCUGCUUCCAUUGUCAAGUGCAUUAGCUGUCUUGCCUCUACCCAACAUCCCAUUCUUUUGGUUCUUAUUCCGCAGUUAUUCCAACUGGCGAGCUCUUAAGGGAAGUGAGAAGCUUCUUCAGCUAGUGUCAGAUUGCUCAUGUGCUGAAAAUUCAGCUGCUCCAAAUGCCAAGGGAAGCGAGCCUGAGAGUGAGGAACCCAGGCAUAAAUCCCACAGUUCACAAGAUUCUCUAUGGGUGCUGCAACCAUCAAAGGAGCUCCAGGAACUUCUUAAUAAGCAUGCAGAUGAAAACGGCCUCAAUGACUCUGCAAUUUCAGAUAUUUGCAAGACCUUUAGUUUGAAUGUCAAGGAUGUUUCGAAGUUUAGACAUUCAAUCUAGUUAAACAUUUGCGGUGUAUACCUGUCAUUUGUCAUGUAACAUAAUUCGGCGCGAUUGCUGAUCAAUAUAAGUAGAUCAUUCUAAUUUUCCCAUGUCAUGUAACUCUGGCAUGCGCGGUCAUUUUGGAGAGAAAAAAAUUGAAUACAGGAAAGUAAAAGAUUUUGGCUCUGACAUGGCAUGGCUACAAGUUAUAUGAUUUGUUCAACUAUGCGGAUAAUUAUCUCAAGCACUUUAACAGUUCUAUUCUGUGUUUUUUUAA